AUGGCAGAGUUCUAAAUGCCUCUUUCCUCCAUACCUAAUACAAAAAUUUACAUAAACGAAAAUACUAUGAGAAAGAUUAUUCUUUAAAAUAAAGGAACAACAAUGAACCAAACAAAAGGAUUUAGUUCUAUGUUUACAAAUGUUGUUUGUGAUCUAUCUAAUUUAGAAACGUCAACAGAUUCAUCAAGCUAGAAAAAUCUGACAGGUCCAACAUUUGCUCCUCAUAAGAAAGAUAAAUUUAGAUAUCAUGUUUAAAAACCUUAGGUUAAUUUACAAACUACAAACAUAUAUAGAGUUCAUAGAAUGCCAAUAGAUAAGAAAAUUAUUAGAACGACAGUAAUGCCAAAAAUAAAGCCUGAAGAAAAAGCACCAGAAUCAGAUUUAUCUUUAUUACCUCUUAAUCCAAAUAGAGAGCAAAGAUCAUAUAGUUAUAAAGAAAGACCAUAUUAUUUAGAAAUGCAGAAUUAGAGAAAGAAAAGUCAAGUAAAACUUGAUCCACCUUCAGAAAUUAUAGGAAAAUCUUUUGACAUUAAACCGCCAGUUACAUAUAAGGAAGAAUGGACUGAUACUUAACCAUUUAAUAUAUAAACAAUAAGAUAAGAAAUUGAAAAAGCUCUUGAAAAAUGUUCUCCAAAAAAAUAAAAUUAAUAAUUUUUAGAACCUGAAGUUAUAUAAUAGAAACCAAAUCCUAGUUAUAUGUUUAUUGAAGAUGAUAGAGAUCGAUAUGGAAAAUAAAUUUAUCCUAUUAGUAUGCCUUAACCAAAGCCUGGUCCUGGUUAAUAUGAAACUGAUAAUACCUCAUUAAAUUAUAAAGUCAAUAAAAUCCAAGAGAGAAACACUUAGAAAAGACUUGUAUAACUAUGGUAAUAAUAAUUUUGA